UUACAAGAUGGCUGCCAAAUAAUGCUUUGGGAACGGUGACAUUCGUAUUCUCGGACUAACAGGGACAGAAAUGGAGGACGUUGAUUUUUCAGCUGUUUCAUUCGAACAAAUGAACAUAGGAAUAGAAAAAUAUCUAGAGAAAAAAACUGGAGUAUGUAAGAUCACCCUUGAUGAAAGAGUCCCAGCAGAUCGCCAUGCAGUAUUGACAUGGGAACAGAGAAACUGCUGUCUUUUACCUGAGGAUUUAAAAAGUUUCUACCUGACGUCAAAUGGUUUUCACUUCACAUGGUCUGUGAAACUGGACAACCAGACGCUCCCUGUAGGGAAGAUGCACAUCAAUGGGGUGGAGCAGCUCAACCGUCUUGAUGUCAGUAGUGACAAACUGACACACAUUCAACCCUCCCUGGCCGACCUGGACACAGACUCUGACAACGAUGAUCCCAUCUCAGGCAUUGAGAAGCCCACCUUCACUGGACGUAAUCGGCUCUAUGAACUCGACUCCUGUGAUGGCUACAGCAAAGUGUGUCUUGUGUACAAGGAAGCAAAAGCAGGAGUGAGCGAGCCCACCGUGGAGAUCUGGUUUCUGGACCGUGCCCUGCGGUGGCACUUCCUGGCCUCAUCGUUCCUGGAGUACUACCGCCUCAUGCUUAUGCACCUGGGGCUGCCACAGUGGCAGUAUGCCUUCACAGACAUCGGGCUCAGUGCUCAGGCCAGGCAAUGGUUCAACAUGUAUGCUCCCAUCAGGCUGGAAGUGGAUGGAGAAAUAACGGAGAUGCAUCCAGAGAAGACAGCCACAGACACAAGUGUAGUGAUCAGUACGCUGGACGUAAGCAAAGUCUUCAAAUCCAGGGCUGAUAGGAAAAAACAAGCUGCAGGGGCUCAGAAUGCCGGCCAGACUGGGCAAGCCGGCAAGAAGAAACCACCAGUGUCGUCAGCAAGAUCUCAAGGAUCACUUAUCAACAGGCCAUCACAAGCAUCCUCUCUUGCAGGAUCAGGGAAAGGCCCCAAGUGAUGAUGAUUAUCAAACACAAACUUCCAUUGUCAAAAUUGCAGGAAUUCUGCAAGGCAUUUGUAUACUGGGAGGUGACAACUACCAAUUUGCAGGAGGUGAAACUGUAGAGUUCCGACUGCAACAGAACUGAAAAAAAUGGAUAUGGAUUGUCUGCAGAUUCAUUUAAAUGGGGAACAAAAUGUUUGCACUGCAAAGUUAAGGUUUUUGCCUCAUCUUUGAAAAUGAAACUAUACAACAUGUUAACUUAUUAAUAAAAUGUUUACACUGAAAA